CUCCUUCGGCGUACCGUUUCUUCAGCUCCUGCCGCCGCUUGCUGCUGCUCGUCUCUAAAAGUGCAUUGAUUGGGCUGCGGAAGGAGGUAUGGAUGAACAGUCCAGGAUGUUGCAGACUCUGGCCGGCGUGAACCUUGCUGGCCACUCGGUGCAGGGGGGCAUGGCUCUGCCUCCUCCCCACGGACACGAAGGGGCAGACGGCGACGGCCGAAAGCAAGACAUAGGAGACAUCCUGCACCAGAUCAUGACCAUCACGGACCAGAGCUUGGAUGAGGCGCAAGCAAAAAAGCAUGCAUUGAACUGCCACAGAAUGAAGCCUGCUUUGUUUAGUGUCCUCUGUGAAAUCAAAGAGAAAACAGGUCUCAGCAUCCGAGGAGCUCAAGAGGAAGAUCCUCCUGACCCCCAGCUAAUGCGAUUGGACAAUAUGCUUCUGGCAGAAGGGGUUUCAGGUCCCGAGAAAGGUGGAGGUUCGGCGGCGGCAGCAGCAGCAGCGGCGGCUUCCGGCGGGACUUCAGAUAACUCUAUCGAACACUCAGAUUACAGGGCCAAAUUGACCCAGAUCAGACAGAUCUAUCAUACGGAGUUGGAGAAAUAUGAACAGGCAUGUAACGAAUUUACCACGCACGUGAUGAACCUUCUCCGAGAGCAAAGCCGGACGCGUCCCAUUUCUCCAAAGGAGAUUGAGAGGAUGGUGGGCAUCAUCCAUCGGAAGUUCAGCUCCAUCCAGAUGCAGCUCAAACAAAGCACUUGUGAAGCAGUCAUGAUCUUAAGAUCACGGUUCCUUGACGCCAGGCGGAAAAGGCGUAACUUCAGUAAACAAGCCACAGAAAUCUUGAAUGAGUAUUUUUACUCUCACCUCAGCAAUCCCUACCCCAGUGAAGAAGCCAAAGAAGAGCUGGCAAAGAAAUGCAGCAUCACAGUAUCACAGGUAUCUAACUGGUUUGGCAACAAGAGAAUCAGGUACAAGAAGAACAUAGGGAAAUUUCAGGAAGAAGCCAACCUCUACGCAGCAAAAACAGCGGUGACUGCAGCACAUGCCGUGGCAGCAGCUGUCCAAAACAACCAGACAAAUUCUCCCACCACACCAAACUCUGGUUCUUCUGGUUCUUUUAACCUCCCUAAUUCUGGGGACAUGUUCAUGAACAUGCAGAGUCUGAAUGGGGAUUCUUACCAGGGGUCCCAAGUCGGAGCCAAUGUGCAAUCACAGGUGGAUACCCUGCGUCAUGUUAUCAAUCAGACGGGAGGAUACAGUGAUGGCUUGGGAGGAAAUUCGCUGUACAGUCCACAUAAUUUAAAUGCUAACGGAGGCUGGCAGGAUGCGACUACUCCAUCUUCUGUGACCUCGCCAACAGAAGGCCCGGGAAGUGUGCACUCCGAUACCUCUAACUAAUGUCCUCACAACACUUA